UUUCUGUGAUGAUGAACCUGACGGAGUGGGCUGAAACCAAGUGGACAGAUCGCUCAAAUUCCUCAGCACAACUGCCUCCACCAUCUUGGGGAAGCAAUGACUCCUUUUCUUUCCAAGGGGAUCUGCAGGAGAUAAUCCACACAGCCACUUUAGUUACAUGUACCUUCUUGCUGGCUGUCAUUUUCUGCUUAGGUUCUUAUGGCAACCUUAUUGUUUUUUUGUCCUUCUUUGACCCAGCUUUCCGGAAGUUCAGGACCAACUUUGAUUUUAUGAUCCUCAAUCUAUCCUUCUGUGACCUUUUCAUCUGUGGAGUGACUGCCCCCAUGUUCACCUUUGCUCUCUUUUUGGAUUCUGCAGCUGGUAUCCCUGAUGCUUUUUGCUUUACCUUCCACCUUACCAGCUCUGGGUUUAUCAUCAUGUCCCUCAAGACAGUGGCUGUUAUUGCCCUUCACCGAUUAAGCAUGGUGUUAGGGAAGCAACCCAAUCGAACUGCCUCCUUCCCUUGCACUCUAUUGCUUACCCUGCUCCUCUGGGCCACAAGCUUUACCCUGGCCACUCUAGCCACCAUGAGGACCCAUAAAUCUCGUCUUUGCCUUCCUAUUUCCAGCCUGAUCAGUGGUGAGGGAAAGAUCAUCCCUUAUUUGUAUGUUAUUGAUUUCAUCUCCUGUGUGACAUUAGUUUCAGUCUCUUAUAUCAUGAUAGCCCAAGCCUUGAGGAAGAAUGCCCAAGUGAGAAAAUGUCCCCCCAUCAUCACAGUUGAUGCCUCCAGGCCUCAUCCUUUUGCUGGAACACUUGCUGCUGGUUGUGCUGAUGGGGUACGGUGCACUGUGCCAGCUCUGUAUAGAAACCAAAACUAUAACAAGCUGCAACACAUCCAAACCCAUGCAUACAUGAAGAACUUUGGCCAGCUGUCUGCAUCUGCAGCCAGCAGAUUUCAGUUGGUGUCCAUGAUUAACUUGUCCACGGCCAAGGACUCUAAAGCUGUGGUGACUUGCAUUAUUAUUGUUCUUUCUGUUUUAAUUUGCUGCCUUCCAUUGGGCAUAUCUUUGAUACAGGAUGUUUUGUCCAGGAACAAUGGCAUUGUGCUUUAUCAAUUUGAACUAUGUGGAUUUACGCUCUUUUUUUUAAAGUCUGGAUUGAAUCCUUUUAUAUAUUCCCGUAACAGUGCUGGCUUAAGAAGGAGGGUCCUUUGGUUUAUACAAUACUUGGCCUUUGUUUUUUUCUGUUGUAAACAGAAAACACGGCUUCAAGCCGUGGGCAAAGGGGGUCUGGAGGCCAACAGAAAUAAAUCAUCUCAUCAUGAGACCAACUCAGCUUAUAUGCUAUCUCCAAAGCCUCAGAAAAAGUUUGUGGACCAAGCGUGUGGCCCUAGUCGCUCUAAAGAAAGUAUGCUGAGUCCUAAGGCUUCUGUUGGCCAUCAUCAUUAUGGAGGAGGGCAGAGUAGUUCCACCCCCAUGAAUACCCGUAUUGAACCUUAUUAUAGUAUUUAUAACAGCUGCCCUUCUCAGGAAGUGAGCACUCCCAACAGCUUGCAACCAACAAAUUCUCCAUUCAGAUAUGCCAACUCCUAUAUUGCCAUGCAUUAUCACCCAACAAAUGACUUAGUGCGGGAUUAUGACAGUACUUCUGCUAAGCAGAUACCAGUGCCCUCGUUGUAGCUGGUGGGAGCCGGCAGUGUCCAAUGUUCUACCACAAUGGUGGCUAUCAUAUCUUGGCAAGUUGUGCCAUGAGUCAUCCAUACGAUGUACCAUUAUUGCAUGUGCAUGAAUGUUCAAUCCCUCCACACAUUAAGUUGAUUUUACUUUAGUCAGGCAGCAGCUGGGCUAGGAAAGAUAGGACUGCAAGCUUCAUGCCUUAGCCAGGCUUCUAGGUUCUCCUAUAUGUGUCUUGCAAAUUACUAUUCCAUAUUCUGCCAUUUCAUUAGUAGUGUUUCUCCUUUUUAAAGAUUUCUGUGUGUGUACAGUAUUAUAACCCCAGAAGAUUUCUUCUGAACUCCAGCAAAGAUCAAUCUUUUAAAAAAAUGUCUGCUGCCACAAAUCAUCAUUGUUUUGUGUUUUAUAACUGAAUUGCUUUCUUGUUUAUAUGGUGAGUGCUCGAAAAUGUGUUUUACAAAGUUGCUUUUUAAAACAUUUCUAUCUGAGUUAUGUCUAUUAUUGAUUUACCAUGGAAUAUUUUUUGCAGAUGAGAGUUAGUUAUGUACAAAGAUAAAAAUAAGUUAUAAAAUCUAGUGCCCAGUU